AUGUCUCCACUGCCAUCAUCAUCCUUCAAUCUCUUUUCCAUGUUGGUGGCAAAACCAUCACCCCAACAACAACAACGAAACUAUUUCCCCUCCAACAGAAUGACCCGAUCGUCGUCAUCGUCAUCAUCAUUCAUUUUCUUAUGUGCUUCCUUUUUAUUUUUAUUCUUCCUGUUGAAUCAUUCCGUAAUGGUCGAAUCACUCACCUUUUCGAAACGAUUUCUCGGAAACAAUUGCACGACACAGACCUACCUUCGUGAUUGCGGUGAAGAAUUAAUUUGUGAUCCUCUCAUCGGAAAAUGUACUUUUUGCACCAAUACGACACAAUGUACUUCCAUGUUUGGUUCGAUGAAUCAAUGUAGAAGAUCAAUUUUUGGAAAUGAUUUUGCAAAUUAUCAAAAUAAUUAUGUGACACCACAAGGAUCCAAUGUUCAAGCAGGAAUUUGUUAUCAUAAGGAUUUGUUUCCAAGAUUUUCGUAUUUGGAUGCCAUUUCGACGGUAUUUUCCUUUUUGGGAAGUGUGUUGGCUUCUGUGGCUGGAAUUGGAGGAGGAGGUGUCAUUGUUCCAUUGUUGGAAGCAGCUGGUCAAUUUCCACCUCAAUUGGCUGUACCCAUUUCAAAAACUAUGAUAUUUGGUGCUGCCAUUUCUAAUUUCAUUGCACUUUCAUUGAAAAGACAUCCACACGCUGAUCGACCUCUCAUCAAUUACGAUGUCACACUUUUAUUACAACCCAUGUCCUUAAUUGGUGUCUUGGUUGGCGUUCUUUUCAAUACCAUGUUUCCCGCAUGGCUCAUGGUUUUAUUAAGUGCCAUUAUUUUAACCAUCAUGACCAUUACGACCACAAUUCGAGCCGUUCAAAUGUGGAAAUCCGAAUCUGCCUCUCGAUCGAAUCAUUUAUCGAAUCAUCCAUCUUCUUCAGAUGCACAUUAUACUCAAAUCAAUGAAACAGAAUCUCCUCAAUCUGAUUCAGAAUCAGAGACAACCUUUGACAGACCUAAAAAUUCCACACCUCAACCCGGAAAUUCCAAUAUUUUAGAAACUUCUUUAUUGGAUGAAGAUCAAUUGGAAAAAAUUGAACAAGAAAAAAUCGAACAAGAAGAAAAACAACGUUACGCUCGAAAAUUGAUUCAUGAAGAAAAAGGAACUCCUUUCAUGAAACUUUUCAUUCUAGUUUUGUGUUGGAUUAUUGUAUUUGCAUUAACAAUUAUGAGAGGUGGACAUGGAGCUCCCAGUGUGUUACAAAUUCCAUAUUGUUCUCCGUGGUAUUGGGUUUUGUUUUCACUCAUGUUUCCAAUUAUGAUUUUUAUUACCAUUUUAGUGGCUGUUUAUUUAUUGAAGAAACAUCAAGAACGUCAAGCAUUGGUUGGAAGUGGAUAUAAAUUUGUUCAGGGAGAUAUUCGAUACACAUUGUGGACAGUGAGUGCAUAUCCAUUCUUUGCUGGAUUUUCUGGAUUAGUGGCAGGUUUAUUGGGAGUGGGAGGAGGAAUGAUUAAGGGUCCAUUGUUGUUGGCAUUGGGUGUGGAUCCAUUGGUUGCCUCGGCAACGGCAUCAUUUAUGAUUUUGUUUACAGCUUCAAUUUCGUCGAUUCAGUUUGUAAUUUUGGGAACAUUGCCUCUUGAUUAUGGGUUGUGGUUCUUUGUGUUUGGAUUGUUGGCUGGAAUGGUUGGACAGAUUUUGUUGCAUUUUGUGUUUGCAAAGAAACGAAAAUCAUUGGUGGUGUUUUGUGUGGCUUUGAUUAUUUUCAUUUCAACAUUGUGUAUGACUGGUUUUGGAAUUUAUAAUGCAGUGAUUAGAUUACAGAACAACAUGUAUAUGGGCUUCCACUCACCAUGUUAA